ACAUGAAGGUCAUCACUUGUGAAAUAGCAUGGCAUAAUAAGGAGCCUGUUUACAGUUUAGACUUCCAGCGUGGACCUGAUGGGAAGAUCAAUCGACUGGCCUCAGCUGGAGUGGACACAGCUGUUCGGAUAUGGAAAGUGGAAAAAGGACCAGAUGGAAAAGCAAUUGUGGAAUUCUUGUCCAACCUCACCCGCCAUACCAAAGCAGUAAAUGUUGUGCGCUUCUCUCCAAGUGGUGAGAUCCUAGCAUCUGGUGGAGAUGAUGCUGUUAUUUUAUUGUGGAAGCUGAAUGAUAGCAAAGAAUCAGAACCAUUAGUUUUUCAGGAUGAAGAUGAAGCUCAGCUCAACAAGGAGAACUGGACAGUUGUUAAAACUUUAAGAGGUCACUUAGAAGAUGUGUAUGAUAUUUGUUGGACCUCAGAUGGAAAUUACAUGGCAUCUGCUUCUGUAGAUAACACAGCUAUAAUGUGGGAUGUCAGUAAAGGACAGAAGGUUUCAAUAUUAAAUGAACAUAAGAGUUACGUCCAAGGAAUAACCUGGGAUCCUCUAGGCCAGUACAUUGCCACUCUGAGUUGUGAUAGGGUCCUGCGGGUAUACAACACACAAACCAAGCGUGUAGCAUUCAAUGUUACCAAGAUGCCAUCCGGAUCAGGAGCUGAAGGAGAGGCUAGGAGCUAUCGGAUGUUUCAUGAUGACAGCAUGAAGUCAUUUUUCCGCAGGCUCAGUUUUACUCCUGAUGGCUCCUAUUUACUCACUCCAGCUGGCUGUGUUGAAUCAGGAGAAAAUGUAACAAACACCACGUAUGUUUUCUCCAGAAACAAUCUUAAAAGGCCCGUGGGUCACCUGCCAUGUCCUGGAAAGGCAACUCUUGCUGUUCGCUGCUGCCCAGUCUACUUUGAGUUGAGACGAGCAUUUAAUAAAGAUGAAAUCAGUCAGAAAUCAGCUCCUGCUCUCUUUAAUAUGCCCUAUCGAUUGGUGUUUGCUGUUGCUUCAGAAGAUUCUGUGCUUUUUUAUGAUACUGAGCAGUCCUUCCCCUUUGGUUACGUGUCUAACAUACAUUAUCACACCCUGAGUGACAUUUCGUGGUCCAGCGAUGGAGCCUUUCUUGCUAUUUCUUCCAUGGAUGGAUACUGUUCGUUUGUUACCUUUGAGAAGGAUGAACUGGGGAUACCACUGAAGGAGAAGCCACAGAUAAGUGUCAGGACUUCAGGUGCAACAGAGAAGAAAGUGAAAAAAAGCCAGUCACACAAAGUCAUUUCCCCAGGCUCUCGGCUGACAGAGGGGACUCCUCCCGGCAGGGUCACUGAUCCCAGCACUCCAACCCUGCAGCCUAGAACACCCACAGCUGCCAGUAAGGACUUGCCUUCCACACCUGUUGGCAUAAAAAAUGUUCCAGUCUCAUCCUCAGAUGAGAGGAAAAUCAGCCAACCAGCCAGCCAGAGCACUAAAGUAAGCCAGCCCAGGAGGAUUACUCUCAACACUUUACAAGCAUGGAGCAAGACGCCAAGGAGAAUAAACUUGAUUCCACGGAAGCCAGAUACGCCAACCUCUGCAUAUACAGAUACGGUUCCUAUAUCUCCUUCCUCAGAACAGGAACAUGAGAGGCCAUUACCAUCUGAUGACAGUCUUCAAAAUCCCCCAGCUUGGAAACGUCCUAGAACUGAGGAAGUGCCUCUUUCCACAUCUGCUGAAGAUCAGACCGGCUGUGAUUCAAACAAAUAAAGGCUGAGCUUUUAGUAGACUCUUCACAGUCUGAAGGCGAUGUAGCCAUAUCUGAGAGUGCAUUUCUUUUUGCAAAUGUUAAAUCCUCAAUUCCUGAUUAAAGUACCGUGUGCAUAUUUGAUGUAGUGCUGUGAAGAAAGAAACUGGCGGUAGAAGACACAGGUUUCAGGAACAUAGCUUUGCAAAAGAGAAAAUAGUUGGGAAGUGACUUCUAAGUGUGUUUCUACUUCUUGAAGACAGCAUUCUUCAAGAAAAGCCAAGCUUAAGGAAAUUGGGGAAAUCUGGGUACUGAAAAGCCAUACAGUAACCUAAGAGUCUCCACUGAAGUCCCUAAGGUGACGUUUAUAAAGUAUUAUGUCUUCCAGUAACCUGUCUGGCAAAAGAGUAGAAUUUCUGUGGACUUAAAUGCAUUCAUAAUGAUUAGAUGUGGUUUAAG